AUGUCCACUGGCUCUGCUGCAAGUGAUGCUGAGGACUAUGAGACAUGCCACAGAGGGACCGCCAGCUCGUUGGAGAGGAGCGAGCGGAAGCUUUCCUGCUAUAACCCCGACCGGUACUCAGAUGAGGAGUUGGAGGAGGACGCCGUGGAGGAGAGGACCAAGCACGAGCGCAAACUCUCCAGGGCGAAGCAGAAGGAAGAGCGCCAGUCGCAGAGAAACGCGGCCAACUCCAGGGAGAGGGCGCGGAUGAGAGUGCUGAGCAAAGCGUUUACCAGGCUGAAGACCAGCCUGCCCUGGGUACCAGCGGACACCAAGCUGUCCAAAUUGGACACGCUUCGACUCGCCUCCAGCUACAUCUCUCACCUGAGACAGAUUCUGCAUGACGACCGAUUCGAGAACAGCUUUGUGCACCCAGUCAACCUGGUAUGA